AUAACCACACAAAGAGAAAUUGAAAAAACGUAAACAAACACAUCAAGUUAUUCAAAGUUUUCUUAUUUUCCGGAGAAUUUUCCACAAAUAAAAGGAAUAAAACAUGACAGAUGAAGAGGUAAUAAAGCGGAGGCUGUUGAUUGACGGCGAUGGGACAGGAGAUGAUCGGCGACUCAAUGUCCUGCUGAAGACCUUCAUCAAGUGGUGCAGUUCCAAUGAAUCUCCGGAAAAUACCGCAGCCACCUACGAUCGGAUGCAAGCUCAACUGGCCCAGUGCGAAUUUGCAGUAACAAAGUCGGAUUUUGCCACAAAAAUGAUGCAGCAGGAGCUAAAGAACUACGAAUCCAUCUCCCAGACCAUUGAGAAGGGCAUUGAGCUGGCAAAAGUACAAAUUGAGCACAGCAAGGAGAAUCUGGUGUUGGCAAAGAAGAUCCGGAAGAAUCGCAUGGAGUACGAUGUGCUGUCGAAGGUGAUUAAUCAACAGCCGGACCGGAAGAAGACACUCCAACAAUUGGAUGUGGUCAAGGGGGAGCUGAAUCAACUUCAGGACACUCGGCGUGUGCUUCAGCGAAAGCUCGCACAUCGCCGGAAGGAAUUUCUCGUACUCAUGCGUUCCAUCAGGGAGCUUCAGGCAACGCUGCAGGAAGACGAGGAAGCUUCCGAGGAUGAAGAUACGGAAAUGGCUGAAGAUACCCAUUCACCGUCACGUCCAAGCUCUGCUGCAUGCAGCCCGGAUUCACCUGACUUCAAACCCGUUUCUCCUGCCUUUGUUAUCGAAAGGGACUAGAAGGAGCAGAAUAAAUUCAAAUAUUUUAUUUUUUUUUGGAAUAAAUUAUCCUUUCUUACAAUCUCCUAA